AUGAGCCUGGCCUCAGUGACGCUGGCCAGUGCACUGCAGGUCAGGGGUGAAGCUCUGUCUGAGGAAGAAAUCUGGUCCCUCUUGUCCCUGGCUGCUGAGCAGCUCCUGGAAGACCUUCGCAAUGGUUCCUCAGAUUAUGUGGUCUGUCCCUGGUCAGUCUUGCUGUCUGCAGCUGGAAGUCUUUCUUUCCAAGACCACGUUUCUCAUGUAGAGGCUGCACCAUUCAAGGCCCCUGAACUCCUACAAGGAUCGAGCAGGGAUGAGAAGUUGGAUGUGUCACAGGUGCAUGUCUAUUCUUUGGGAAUGACUCUCUACUGGUCAGCGGGCUUCCAUGUCCCACCAAACCAGCCCCUGCCGCUCAGCGAGCCAGUGCACACUCUCCUGCUGGCCAUGUGUGAAGAUCAGCCGCACAGGCGGCGUCCACUACUGUCAGUUCUGGAAGUCUGUCGGGUCCACCAGGACGAAGUGGCUAUGUACCCCGCCCCUGCCAGCCUCCACAUCAGAAGGCUGGUGGGCUUGGUGCUCAGUUCUAUCUCUGAGGUGGAGAGGAGAGUUGUGGAAGAAAGCACCUGUGAGCCACAGAGCAGAAGCUAUCUGCUCAGGAAGAGGCUGCACCAGGCAAGCAGCAAGAGCCCUGCUACCCAGGCCCUGGAUGAUCUGCAUCCUUGCAGAGUUUCAGAGAGAAGCAUGGAAACUCAGAGCUCCCUGGAUCCCCGCUGGAGCAACACAACACAGAGUCGCUGCAGCCUCUUUGUUAACAGCAGUGUUGAAGGUGCUGUUCCCCAUGACGUUCAGGAAGACAGGAGGCUCAGUUCCGGGUCUGUGCCCUUGGCAGGAGCAGAAAGAUCACGGCCAACAACUCCUUCUCCAAGAAGUUUCCUGCAAAGAAAAGGAAAGUUUUCUAGGCCGGAGUUUGUCCUGAUGGCUGGAGAGGCCCCAGUGACCCUACAUCUGCCUGGAACUGUUGUGACCAAAAAAGGGAAAUCCUAUUUGGCUCUCAGUGACCUCUGUGUGGUCCUGCUGAGUGGGCAGUGUCUGGAAGUGAAGUGUGACGUCAGGUCCACGGUGGGAGCUGUCUUCAAUGCUGUCAUGUCCUUCACUAAUCUCAGAGAGACCACCUACUUUUGUCUGGCUUAUGUGAAAGGCAAAGAGUUCUUUUUCCUGGACAAUGAAACCAAACUGUGCAAAAUUGCCCCUGAAGGCUGGAGUGAGCAGCCACUGAAGACCUCGCUGGACACCUUCACACUCUUCCUGCGGAUAAAGUUCUUUGUCAGCCAUUGUGGGCUGCUCCAGCACAGCCUGACAAGGCAUCAGUUUUAUCUGCAGCUUCGGAAAGACAUCCUGGAAGAGAGGCUGCAUUGCAACGAUGAGAUGCUACUGCAGCUGGGAGCUCUCGCCUUGCAAGCUGAGUUUGGCAACUAUCCUAAGGAGGAGGUGGAAAGUAAGGCCUAUUUCCGAGUUGAAGAUUACAUCCCUGCCAGUCUGCUAGACAGAAUGACUGCUCUUCGGGUCCAGGUUGAAGUCUCUGAGAUGCACCGGCUCAGUGCUGAGCUGUGGAGAGAGGAUGCUGAGCUGGAGUUCUUGAGGGUCACCCAGCAGCUUCCAGAAUAUGGAGUGUUCAUUCACCGAGUUUUCCCAGAGAAGAAAAGACUGGAAGGGGAGAUGGCCUUGGGAAUCUGUGCCAGAGGUGUCAUAGUCUACGAAGUGAAAAACAACAGCAGAAUUGCAACCUCAUGGUUUCUGUGGAGAGAAACUGGGAAGAUCUCGACUUGUCGAAAAAAGUUCACUAUCACCAGCAGUAUCACUGGGAAAAAGCAUACGUUUGUUACUGAUUCGGCCAAGAUCUGUAAAUAUUUACUGAGGCUCUGCUCUGCCCAGCAUGCGUUUAAUGCACAGAUGGACUCUGGGCACACUCACUACCUUUUACCUGACCAGGACAAGUUUCUGCAAAUGGCCAAUCUGAGUCCUGCAUACCAGACCCAGGCCAAAGCUCUCACUUGGAUUCAGAGACUGUCACGCUCAGAAAAUGAGCUGUUUGCACCCAGGUUGCAGGACCCCCCGAGAGACCAGCUUAACCCAUGGCUGGAAAACUUCAACAUGGAAAUCAGCAAGGAAACUGGGACGGCACGAAUCAGAGGCAGCCCCCACACUGACCAGGAGCAGCCAGACACCAACUGUUUGAUCCAGAAGCCAACUACCUGUGGCCAUCUCUCUAGGUCACUUGUUCAGAAUGUCUGUACAGGGCCACAGAAUAACAGAAGAGAGACUUCUACAGCAGACCCUGGUCAAGAAAUCAUUCAUGUGGCACUGAACCGUGAUCCACACCGUGGUUUUGGUUUUGUCAUUAAUGAGGGAGAAGAUGAGGGUCAAGUGAACCCUGGUAUUUUCAUAUCCUCUAUUAUUCCAGGGGGGCCAGCAGAAAAAACUAAAAAGAUCAAACCAGGAGGGCAGAUACUGGCUUUGAAUCAUAUCAGCCUGGAGGGCUUCACAUUCAACAUGGCUGUCAGAAUGAUUCAAAAUUCUCCAGACAACAUAGAAUUAAUAAUUUCACAGUCCAAAGGUAUUUGUGGAAACAUCACCAGUGAAGAGAUGAAUAGCCCAGCCAAUUCUGGAAUCCUCUCUGCAGACAUCCUGAGCAGCGAUCAACAGGGAAGUUUGUCAUUACAUACAGAAGACCCAAACAGAAGUCGUGGAGGACUGGAAAUGGCUCGGGUGCUAAGUCCAGUCCCCAGGCAGAGGCUUGAACUGUCCCCUCUUCCAAAGGGUGUCGGUUCUUCUUGUCCUCCAUCACCUCCAGAAACCAAUGCUGGUGAAAUCUACUUUGUGGAGCUGGUGAAGGAAGAUGGAACCCUUGGCUUCAGUGUGACUGGUGGCAUUAACACAAGUGUGCUAUAUGGAGGAAUCUAUGUGAAAUCCAUCACUCCUGGAGGCCCAGCUGCCAAAGAAGGACAGAUCCUACAGGGUGACCGUCUCCUGCAGGUGGAUGGAGUUAGUCUGUGUGGCCUCACUCAUAGGCAGGCUGUGCAAUGUCUCAGAGGUCCUGGGCAGGUCGCCAAACUGGUCUUAGAGAGAAGAGGCCCCAGGGUUGCACAGCAAUGUUCUGCUAAUGAGAGGAUGGGUGAUGAACGUGCGGUGGUUUCCCUGGUAACAGCCCUGCCUGGCAGACCUGCGAGCUGUGUCUCAGUGACAGAUGGUCCUAAGUUUGAAGUCAAACUGAAAAAGAAUACCAAUGGUUUGGGAUUCAGUUUCGUGCAUGUGGAGAGAGCGAGCUGUGGCCCCUUCCAGCAGGACCUUGUGAGGAUCAAGAGGCUUUUCCCGGGGCAGCCAGCGGAGAAGCAUGGGGCUAUUGCAGCUGGUGACAUUAUCCUGGCAGUGAACGGAAGACCCACGGAAGGCCUUGUUUUCCAGGAGGUGCUCCAUUUGCUGCGAGGGGCUACACCAGAAGUCACACUUCUCCUCUGCCGGCCUCCUCCAGGCUCACUGCCUGAGAUGGAGCAGGGAUGGCAGACUCCUGAAGUCUCAGCAGACAAAGGAUUUGCCGGGGCAGUGUGUACCGACUUGGAGCAGGGCCCCAUUGUGGACCAAGGGGGCCACUGGAGGGACAGCACCUCUGGAGACACAGGGGAAGGCCUGGAGCUCAAGCCAGAGGCUGUCAGCAAGGUGGGCAGAGAAGGACAAGGGAACCGAGACCGAGACAGACAUUGGAUGAAGUCCUCAAGGCGUCCUCUAGAAUCCCAUCCUCACUUAUGUAAACUUCACCAAGGAACAGAGACACUCACGUUGGCAUCUUCUUUGGAAAAGGAUAUGAGGCAAAACUGCUACUCAGUCUGUGAUAUCAGCAGACUUGGGAGAUAUUCCUUCUCAUCCUCACUAACCAGACUUGCAACAGAUAUUUUCUGA